CCUGGUGGCGGCGCUGUUGCUGCCGCCGUCACAGUUGUCACCUAGUGCGUGGAGGCCGCCGUCAUGGAAGGGAGACCUGCCGACCAGCUGCUGUGCGACAGCCUCAUCCUUUGGUUGCAGACAUUUAAUAUUGCUAAAUCCUGCAGAGAAGUACAGGACUUAACAAAUGGUGUAGCCCUAGCAUAUGUCCUUCAUGAAAUCGAUCCUGCCUGGUUUGACAAAGCUUGGCUAAGCCGUAUUAAAGAAGAUGCUGGUGAAAGCUGGAGAAUAAAGGCUAGCAAUCUGAAGAAAGUUCUUCAAGGAAUUAUGGAUUAUUAUCAUGAGUUUUUGACUCAGCAAAUCUCAGAAGAUCUUCUUCCUGAUUUAAACCAAAUCUCUGAACAUUCUAAUCCAGUAGAGCUUGGCAGGUUAUUGCAGCUCAUUUUAGGCUGUGCAGUCAACUGUGAAAAGAAACAAGAACAUAUACAAGUUAUAAUGACACUAGAGGAGUCUGUUCAGCACGUCGUCAUGGCUGCUAUCCAAGAGUUAAUGAGCAAAGAGAUUUUGGGUUUUGUUGCAAGUGAUAUAUCUGGAGAUGUGGAGCAACAGCUGAAAAGAGCAGUAGAAGAACUUAAUGAAGCCAUAGCAGAAAAAGAAGAAUUGAAGCAAAGAUGUCAAGAACUAGAUUUGCAGGUGGCUGCCCUUCAAGAGGAAAAAUGCAGUUUAAUGUCUGAAAAUGAGAUAAUGAAUGACCGAUUGGAUCAGUUAGAUGGUUCCUUUGAUGAUACAAAUACAGCAGUUGCCAAAAAGUAUUUUCAUGCACAGUUACAAAUAGAACAGCUACAAGAAGAAAAUUUCAGACUUGAAACUACAAAAGAUGAUUAUCGUGUUCAUUGUGAAGAGCUUGAGAAACAACUGAUUGAGCUGCAACAUCGAAAUGAUGAACUGACGUCUCUAGCAGAAGAGUCCCGGGCACUGAAAGAUGAAAUAGAUGUUCUUAGGACUGUUGUUGAUAAAACAAAUAAACUGGAGUCGAUGGUUGAGGUGUAUCGCAAAAAGCUGGAAGACUUGAAUGACCUUCGGAGACAGGUGAAAAUACUUCAGGAAACAAACAUGAUGUAUAUGCAUAACACAGUUAUCCUAGAAGAAGAAUUAAAGAAAGCAAAUGCAGCCCGUGCACAGUUGGAAACUUACAAAAGGCAGAUCCAGGAACUUCAUAACAAGCUCUCUGAAGAAUCCAAAAGAGCAGAUGUCCUAGCUUUUGAAAUGAAACAAUUAGAAGAGAAGCAUGAAACAUUAAUUAAAGAGAAAGAGAGAUUGAUAAUUCAGCGUGAUGCAUUGAAAGAGACCAAUGAAGAGCUCAGAUAUUCACAAAUGCAGCAGGAUCAUCUGAACCAAGCAGGUGUAUCGACUGUGAAAAACCAAGAAAACCUUGCUGCUGAAAUUCUGCCUGUGGAAUUUAGAGAAAUGUUCAUUCGGCUUCAGCAUGAAAACAAGAUGCUUCAUUUGCAACAAGAAGGAUCGGAAAAUGAACAAAUUGCAGGGCUUCAAGAGAAGCUGGAACAAAAAAAUCGGAUGAUAAAUGAAUUAGAAACUGAAAACAGGCUGAGCAAGGAGGGUCUUGGGGAGUUGCAGCAGCAGAUUGAAGACCUUCAGAAGUCUUUGCAGGAGCAAGAGUCCAAGUCAGAAAGAGAAAGGUCCAGUGAAUUGAAGCAGAAGAUAGCAGCCCAUAUGGAGAAAUUAAAUGAAGUCCAUGAUGAACUGCAGAAGAAGGAAGCUCUUCUUGCAGACCUUCAACCAGAUUUAAAUCAAAAUGCACAAAAAAUAGAAGAAUUAGAAGCUGCUUUGCAUAAGAAAGAUGAAGAUAUGAAAUCAAUGGAAGAGAGAUAUAAGAUGUAUUUAGAAAAAGCAAGAAUUGUCAUAAAAACUUUAGAUCCCAAAUUAAAACCGGCAUCUGCUGAAAUAAUGUUGCUAAGAAAACAGUUGGCAGAGAAAGACAAAAAAAUUGAAACACUUGAGGGUCAGUGUAAAUCAGUCAGGAUUCAGGAGCAUGAAGAAAAGUUAAUUGUAUCUGCAUGGUAUAACCAGAGUUUAGCAUUUCAUAAACUAGGAAUGGAAUCCAGACUUUUAAGUGGGAGUACUGUCUACAAGGAUGGCCAUUCGUACCCACCUGCACAGUCUUUCCUUGCUCAGCAACGGCGGUUGACCAACACCCGAAGGAAUCUCUCUGUCAAAGCACCACCUACACCGUCAGAUUAAGUCAUAGAAGAUAGUCUACCCUAAAGUGUC